GUAUCAUCUCCCAAGACUUGCCAGUAACCCAGCAAUGCCUUGGAUGCAUUUGUGAAGCUAUUUCUGCAUGCAAUACUUCGAGAAUUUGUUCAGGUGAUGUUUGCGGACCCUUCAGAUUGACUUGGGCUUACUGGGCAGAUUCUGGCAAACCGACUGUGAGUGGGGAAUCCCCUGAGAGUCCUACCGCCUACGCCAAUUGCGCCAUCGAUCUCAGAUGUUCGGCUCUUUCAGUCCAAGGAUAUAUGAACAGAUUCCAGCAGGAUUGUAAUGGAGACAAUAAAAUCGAUUGCGACGAUUUCGCCAGUAUCCACAAGAUAGGAGGAUAUGGAUGUAAAGGAUCUGUAAUGCCAGAACCAUAUGGAGAACGCUACAGACAAUGCAAAAGGAUUGUUGGACAAUAUAAGCCCGAGUGAUUAUGAAAAUAUUUUGGUUCAUGAUAUACCUACUGAUUUUUAAAACAAGUCAUUUUAUGCUGUGAGAUUUUUCGCAUGAUAUCUAAUUUCAUCGACUGUAUAGGCUAAGCUACAUUUCCACUGUAACUGAUUUAUUCAAAAUGAUCGAACGUAACACAAUAUGUAAUAUAUGUCAGUUAAUUUUUUUUUCAGAAAAAUAA